UUAAUUUUCCGAAUGGAGCUGCAAUCACGUAUACGGCAGGCGCAACGUGCCUACCUCUGUCUUCUUCCCCAUUCGUCUCGUAACACAUUUUCGGGGUAUAAUAAAACAAUAUCUGCCGAUUCUCACCAUUCACGUUUAUCAUAACGCGUUGUCAUGACGUUGUUUUAUCGUCGAAAUUGAUAGAAACGCGAAGGACUAUCAAUAGGAUCGAAAUUGAGAAACUGAUUGUAUGCGGACAACUCGAUAACUCGAAACACGGAGACUGUAUAAUAUGAUUUGACGUGUGAAAUAAUCGUAUACUAUAUCACCCACGAAAGAAUAGCGAAUCGUGCAAUAAUUUCUCGAAUAAUGUCAGUUAAAUGGCAAUAACGUAAACGACAAAUAAUCGAAAUUCGAAGUUAGGAACGUCGUUAAAUUCCAGCUACGAUAUAUUAAUAAAUUAUGAAAAAAAAAGACUAAAAAUUAAUAAAAGACUUGUAAGAAGAUACGUUUUUAUCUCGUUCGAUCAUUUUUUGAAUCGUAUAAAAUCAAUAAUUUGUUGCUUCACUAGCGCUGUUUUCUAGUUGCACUUUUCGCGUUGCUGUUCGAAAUUAUCGAAAUGGGAGACGGUUACAAACUAAUCAGGCCGUACAAGUACUAUCAACGUAGACCAUGGUGGCGGCCUCGAUCGUACGCGGAUCACAAAUCAUCCAAGUUCUACCAUUCUAAGAGGAUAUCACCGGAAGACCAUUAUUCUCGAAGACCAAGUUAUAAUAGACGUUUCAGAUAUGCUUCUACGAGAGACGAUUUCGAUGGACGCGCCGAAGAUCAUCAUCCUUACACCAUCGUGAUACAAUUGCCUAAAGGAGAAGAUAAAUACGAAGACGAUAAUUAUGAAAAACGGAAAAGGAAUUACGAAAGAAUUUCUAUACCUGUGUACGCUAUUGAAAAUGAUUAUAUCGAGGAUGAAGAUGACAUUGAAUCAAAAGUGGUGAACCUUAAUAACAAAAAGAUGCAAAUAAAGAUGGUCAAAGGUGAAAAUCCCAAACUGCAUAUCAAAAUAUCAAGAUCGGACAGUGACAAAAAUAUAGAAAUCGUAGAUAAAACGAAUACCACCGAAGUAAAUUUACCAUCAUUAGCAAAAACGUAUGCAAAUUUAACAACACCCGUGCCACAAUCAACGGAAUAUUGGGCUCCAACACCUCAUUUUGAAAAUAUUCGACAGAAACGAAUUUAGAAAUUCUAAUUUGUAUUUAAAACGGUAUUUCUAUUGAGCUUAAAAUUAAAUUAUUGUUUAAUAAAAAAUUUUCUUUAGCUAUUUAUUAAGUCAGUUAUAUAUAAUAG